AUGAUCAGUGAUCUUGACGAAUGGAUGGUGCAAUCGGGCUGCCAUCGUCUACAAACCGCGCAUGACCUCUAUUGUCUUGACACUCCUGUCAGAAAGGGGGUGUGCUUGUGGAUACGAAUCGAAAAUGAGUGGUGCCAACAGCUGCAACAGCUUCGCCCCAUGGUUCCAUGCUCGGGCCCGCCGAUUUGUCCGAAUGGCCUAUGGUCUAGUCGCUGGAUCGACGCUACCAUGAUCGCGAUCAGUAUUCGCCGAUUCAGAGUCACCUACAGGAAGGUUCCACGGAAGACAGAAGCCGUGGUGGUGGCGUCAACAUUGGCCCACAUUGGCCGUAGCCAGCUCGACGAUUCGAGGGCAUUUUCGCUCUGA